GUAGACUUUAAAAAACAAAUUUUAUUUUCGACCAAAUUUAUUGUGACUAACCUGAAAAGCGCGUUCUAUGAAGAUGUUGUCACAGCAUCAGCUGUUUUUCGUGCAUACAUUCAUCGUUGAUGUGUUUUGAGUUGCAUGACCUUAUAUUAUAUUUGUCCUGAAAAUAUUUUGCGGAAAUAAACAAUCUUCAGUGUCAAGAAAAACAUGUCCGGUUUCGUGAAAAUGUGUGAACUUUGUGGUGGUCAAAUUAGUGAACAGUCUGAAUUUUCCUUCGAGGACAUGAUCACUAACUGGUUAGAUGAAAAUCCUGAAUUUGCUUUCAAGUACUUUGUCAAAUCAGCAUCUUCAAGCAUGGUUGAAGCCUGGGCUAAUGGACAUAAUCAUAGUGAAUCUGAUGGCCUGUUUGAUAACUCAAUAAAUGUCUUGGACGAGCAUAAUGAUAAAAAUAAUGAUAAAAUUUCUGUGACUACUUCUCUAUCACUACCAAUACGUAAGAUAAGCAGCCAGGAUUUGGAAUUAACCCAUGACAAGCGUAUUUUAUCUUCUAACGAAGAUGGGAAGCCCACAUUUAUAAACUCUGUGUUCUUUCCUUCCCCUGCCACUGAACACAUCGAUUUAAAUGCUAGUCCUGCUCGUCAAACUGUGCCUUCACCAAGUCGACCAACACAUCCAACUGAGAGAGAUUUGAUAAGUGAACUUGCUUUGGAUAUUUGUCAUGAACUUGACGUGACAUCUUUAUGCUUUAAAAUUGUCCAGAAUGUUUGUAGACUAAUUAACGCUGAUCGUGGAUCAUUUUUCCUUGUGGAAAAGUCACGUUCAACCGGUGAGGAUGUUCUUGUUAGUAAACUUUUUGACAUUACAUCUGAGUGUAUAUUGGACGAUGUUUUACAACGAUGUUCUUCUAAUCACAUCAUUGUUCCUUUUAAUGUUGGUGUAACCGGCUACGUCGCACGAACUGGAGAUUACGCGAAUAUUCCGGACGCAUAUGCUGAUCCUCGAUUUGAUGAUUCCGUAGAUCGUGUAACAGGAUAUAAAACGCGCUGCCUUUUAUGCAUGCCUAUAAAAAAUGUUGACGGAAAAGUGUUAGGUGUUGCACUGGUUAUCAAUAAGACAGUUCCUUCUGAUCAGCAUCAUGAUCAAGGUAUUAACUCAGUUCAACCUAGUAGUUGUGAGAGUGAACCAAUCAGGAAACAUGCGUCAUUCACCGAAGAAGAUGUAAAAAUAUUUCAAUCAUAUGUUACUUUCUGUGGUAUUGGAUUACACAAUGCACAAAUUUAUGAACAGAGUCGUUUAGAAACUUAUCGGAACCAAGUACUUUUGGAACUUGCACGAAUCAUAUUUUCAGAACAACUUGAUAUAACUCGUCUUAUUUAUUCAGUAUUAUCACACACAAUUUGUUUACUACAAUGUCAACGUUGUCAAUUACUUUUGGUGAAAACAACUUCAUCUAUGUCAUCCUAUUCUUCAAUUGAUGAGAUGGGACCAUUUCAUGAUCAUUUCUCACAAAUCUUUGAAUUAGCAUGGAAUGAAAAAUCAGAUUCGCCUGAUGUUAGGAAAAAAAAGCAUAGUAUCGACGAAGCUCGAUUCCCUGUUCAGUUAGAUUUGGCUAUUCACGUAUUACAAACUGGUGAAUCUCUUCAUGUCAAUAUAAAUGGUACCACUUCUAGUUCGAAUAACAAUAACAAUAAUGAAUAUAGGAAAAUUGACAAAACGCUUGAAGAAGAUUUAGAUCCAGUUUGGAGAAGUCGUUCUGUUCUCUGUAUGCCAAUUAAACAUUCCGAUGGUAAAGUAUUAGCUGUAUGCAUAAUAACAAAUAAAUCAACUGUUGAUUUGAGAAUCAAUAAUAAUAAUUUCAGUCAACAAGUUAAGCAUCAAUUUGAUUUCAAACCAGUUACAGAUAGCAUUCAAUAUUCAUCAAAUGAUAAUUUAUCAUCUAAAGAACCCAUUACGAUGUCUUCAUCAAUUAACAAUUGGUCUGGAAUAUUUACUUAUUCGGAUGAAUUUUUAUUUGAAGCAUUUGCUUUAUUUGUUGGUUUGGGUAUUUCAAAUAGUCAACUGUAUGAAAGAGCUAUAAGGAGUGCAGCAAAACAAAAAGUUAUCAUGGAUGUUCUGUCAUAUCAUGCUACAGCGCCGACAUCUGAGGCUAAACGCCUAGCUACAUCACUAAUACCGACUAUGAGAUUUUAUCAUUUAGAUAAAUUUUCAUUUACUGAUGUACGAUUAUCAGAUGAAGAUACUCUGAAAGCAUGUAUACGAAUGUUUCAGGAAAUGAAUUUUAUGAAAUCAAUACAUUUCGAUCAGUUAUCAUUUGCUCGUUGGCUAUUAUCUGUACGUAAAAAUUAUCGUGAAGUUACUUAUCACAAUUGGCGUCAUGCAUUCAAUGUGACUCAGACAAUGUUUUGCAUAUUACUAAAAGGUGAUUUUCAGUCAGUAUUUACAGAUCUUGAGUGUUUAGCGUUGUUAACUGCUUGUCUAUCUCAUGAUAUCGAUCAUCGUGGUACAGAUAAUCAGUUUCAAAUUAAAACAAUGUCUCCAUUAGCUAAACUAUAUUCUACAUCGGUUCUUGAACAUCACCAUUUCAAUCAGUUCAUGAUGAUACUAACCAUAAAGGGUAAUAACUUUUUAUGCAAUCUAAACAGAUCAGAAUAUGAUACUGUUGUGAAAUUAAUUAGAGAAGCUAUAUUGGCUACGGAUCUAUCAAGAUAUUUUGCUAGACUACCGAAAUUUCAACAAACUUUGCAUAAUUUGAAAGAAAUUAAUGAUCAUUCUACAAAUUUAUGGCGAAAUGAUCGCGAACAACGUUUAUUACUUGGUUGUAUGUUUAUGACAGCUUGUGAUGUUUCAGCCAUAACAAAACCAUGGCCAGUACAAAAAUUGACAGCUGAAAUGGUUGCCAAUGAAUUUUUUGAACAAGGUGAUUUGGAAAAAGAACGACUGAACGUAACACCAGCUGCAUUAAUGGAUCGUGAACGUAGUAAUGAACUUCCAAAACUACAAGUCAGCUUCAUCGACUCAAUUUGUAUGCCGAUUUACGAGGCUAUUGUACAAGUUUCUCCAAAUUUCGAACCAUUACUAAAAGGCUGUAAACGUAAUCGUACAUGUUGGCUUAUUCUAUCUGAAAAUGGUGAAGUUGAUCAUUCAUUAUAUGGAUUAAAUGAUGAAUCAGAGACUACACCAGGAACAUUAGUUGGAACUACGGGAAAAUCGAUCACAACAACAACAACGGAAGAAUCAACACACCUAGAAAAUGUAAACACAUCCACAUCUGGUAUUAUUACAUCAUUAGGUACAUUGAAUCCAGAUUCAGCUGAACGUAUUGCAAAAAGUAAACCAUUUACAUCAUCAAAUAUUCGUAGAGCUUCUGUAUCAUCAAUGACUACAGUUGGGGGUCAGGAACCACCGAUACAAUGUCAAUCAUCUGUUGAAUCCAAAUAAUGCAUUGAUACAUACACUUGCAUACAUAUUCAUAUAUACUACACACAUUUUGUUUUACCGAUUCACGUGAAUCGACUUAUUCCAAUAUACUGUCUUUCAGGUGUGUUUGUGUGUGUUUAUAAAUGUGCGCGUGCAUGUGCGUUGAUGUUUAUCCGCUUUUAUUUUCACAUCUGUCUUUUGUGUUAUUCAUAAACACGGAGAAUAAUAUAAGAAAGUUAUUAGUGGAUAAUAGAAUGCACUGUUACCACUGAAUAGAUUAAAUAUGUAUUUCUUUUACUAAUAGUACAUAUUUGUAGAGAGGGAAGGGGUGAGGAUAUAUUUGUAUGUCUGUGAGAGAGAGCGAGAUCUCUCAAUGUAUAGCUUGUCUGUACAGCAAAUGUAAUUAAUGAUCACUUCACUUUCCAAUUACGUUUUAUUUUCUCUUUUUUUUCUUUAUUUUUAUUGAUAUUCUAUGACGUAAUUCAGAUAGUUUAUUGAUUUCUCACCUUUAAUUAUGCCUUUUGUUGUUAGACCUUGUGUUUCUGUUUUACAACCUAAUCUACCUAUCUGUUUUUGCCAUGACGACAAAUCUCUGAAUGUAUACAUGCAUGUGUGUGUGUGUGCGUACCGUUUGUUGAAACAGCAUUCUUUUCUUAUUUAAUUAUUUAUUUAUUCAUUUUAUUUUUUUCGUUUUUGUGUUGUUGAACAAAAUGUUGUUCUUAGUUUAAAUGAAAUACAAAGAAUAGCAUUAACUCUACGACCUUUACAUUCAGUCUAAAUUGCGUGAUUAUGUAUUGUUUUACUGCACAGUCAGCACUGUAUUCUUUUUACAUCAUAAUAAUGUAUUGUGAAUACCAGUAUUAUUUUAGUAUGUUUACAAGGUAUUCGGUCUAGUAUUUUUGCUCUCUACUGAAAUGAAUUAUGUAAAAUUAAUGUAUUUGUUUGUUUGUGCCAUGAAGGAACAAUUCCUUUUGGUUGUUGUUAUUGUUAUUGUCCUCAUCUUAGUUAAUUUUAUCCUUCACCAUACAGUUUUCAAAUUUGUCUUAUUUUCAUUCCUCAUUAUGAUUGUUUAAACUGUUUAUUUAUUUAUUUAUUUUUCGUUAGUGUAAGUACUAUUUUCUUCUUGCAUUGUUUGUUAUUAAAGGCUGUGAUUAUUUUCCCGUUUACCUAUGGUAUAUAUAACUAAUUUUUAGUGAUGGACGUCUAUACAAAUGUAAACAUUUAAUGUGUGUAUCUUUUUAAUGAGACAGGAUUGAAAAAUAUAACUUCUUUUUUUAUUACAACAAUAGAUUCACAUGUUUGGUUCCCACUGAUACUAUUCAUCAGCUAAAAUAACUUUUGAUGUUAAUGUGUAUUUCUUAUAUAUUUAGUGCUAGAGAUUUAAACUGUACCUUGGUGUAAGAGUUUAUUCUUAAUGUGUUUUGAUAGUUUUAUACUUAGCAUACAUAAAAACUUGUACAACUUGUGACCAAAAGUAGUAUGCACCACACUAAAUAAAGAGAUAUUAUGGGAAAAUAAAGGAGAGAAAGAGACUAUCCAAAAAAAUGAGUAAACAAGAACAGGAAAUAUAAUUCAGUUGGAAAUACAACUAAGAAAGACCUGGUUUACUCGACGGUGUCCUCCUCACUUUUGUGGAGAAUUUAAAUUAGGCUACAGCAGGGUUCAAACUGUCCUCUAUUUCGAGAUAUUUCUGACAACGUUCGAAACCAUUGGGUGGCACCACCUCCAGGACCACAAUCAGCGAUUCAUAAUAAGUUGACAGACACUAGUUAUAUAUAGCUUUUUUCCAUAUCACAUCACCAUGUCAUAAAAUGACAACCUCUUCUUCUCUACGCUGUCCUAGUAUCAUCAUUAAAUACUUGAUACGGAAAACGCUGAUAUGACAUCAGUAAAAUGCCUCCAAACCACUGAACCAAUGUUUCAAGGUGGUGACACAAAUUCAGUUAUCGCCAAUACUCCCGAAUAUACAUAUUCAAACCUCGGCAUUGCUAACAUCGUGUUGCCUCCGGAUAUCAGCACAUUUUUGUCGACAACGAUAAUCAAAUUGAAAGUCGCUGAAUAUCCUCAGCCUAGGAAGUUCAACUUCCAUAGGCAUAAAACGGAACUACUACCAACGACGCUUUGUGAUCUAAUCCUAAAAGAACUAUUAACAAUUAUAUGUAGCUAAUAACAUAUUUCACUAUUUAAAUGUUAGCAAUUACUUAAAAUGGCCUAUGUGUUAUUUUUAAUGUUUAUCGUUGAUAAUUGCAAUUAACUCACUGACAGGUAAAUCGAUAAGUUAUCAGGUAACUGAUUUAUUCAGAAUUUUUUUUUCAUUUGAUGAAUUAUUUUAGUCGAAAUAAAACAAUUUCUAUGAACUGACAAGCAGUAGAUAUUAACGACAAAUUUGUUAAAUCUUUUUUGUCCUUCACCUUAAAAACUGGCUAACUAGUUUCUUUUUUCAUAUCUUGUAGUUUCCUUACUCUAGUGGUCAUAAAUUCCAAAAAAUGUGAUAUACAUUUAAAUAUUUCAUAUUGAAAGUGACCUAGUAGUUGUUACGAAAUUAAAUAGGCAUAUAACAAUUUACUAACAUACUUCAUGCCUAAAUUCUAAAAGAAAAUAUUAUAAUCUUCGAAAUAGAAAACGUUGAACAAACAUAUACAACAUUCACAAGUUAAAUGUAUUUGUGAAUGGAUUAAUCGGAGGAUUUCAUUGAUGUAAAAAUUUCUAAAACCAUAACAUUAUUCUAUUUGUUAACGUAAAGAAAUUUUUAGUUUCAAGGCUACUUGUAAGCUGAAAAUGGCCUAAAUUUACAUCAGUAGCUUUGUUAUAAAAAUUAGAUUGCAUUGAUUACGAUAUGUAAAACUUUGAAACAAUAUUCCUUAUCUGAUUUUAGACUCUAUCUGAUGCGAAAACUUGGAAUAUAAGGAAUUCAUGUGAUUCUGC